AUGCGCAACUUUCUGCAGCGAAUUUUCAAUUUUUCUCAACCAAGUACCUCUGAUUGCUCUGGUGAUGUGGAAGCUCACUCCAAUACUCUUCCAACAAGUAGUACUAGUAACAACGAUAACAACAACAACAACACAAUUAUUACAAGUAGUAAAAAAUCAAAAAAAUCAUCAACAACAGGAAUGUGUAACCAUAUAGUUGCUGAUCGUUUGACUCACGUGGCCAGAAUUACUGAAUCCUAUAGGAAGAUUCAUUACUAUCCUCAAACAACAUCUAAUUUUUUCUUCGUACUGAGAAAUACUUCAUAUUCUCCAAACACUAUGAUUGGUAGUGAUGGUUAUAUUACUCCAGAAUCAUUUGAUAAGGUUUUACUUCCAAACGAUUUCAUUGGAAUCAGUCAAAUUUUAUGUGUCUCAUCAAAGAUUUAUGUUUUGGAAGAGGGAACAGGAAGAGUUUGUGUAUUUGAUGGAAUUUCAAUGCUUGGAUUUAUGAACCCAUUCGAUGGUACUAAAUUGAAAGUAGUUGCAAUUAGAGGAGAUACAUAUGGUAUGCUAUUUUGGGUCUAUGACACUGAGAAAGAUUGUUUCCUAUUGUACGGUGGUGAUCAAAAUCACUAUGAUAAUGUUGGUGCAGCUAUUAAUGAUCCAAUGACUGCUGUUUUGGCAUACGAUCCAAGUACUGAUCGUUCUAGUACUAAAAUCAUUACACACGUUGAAUGUGCCUAUUCCUUGAGUUUUUGUGUCACUAAUGGAGUUGAAAUUAGAUGUUCAGGUCAAAUUAUUUGGUGUCGGUAA